AUGAACCCCUGCACCCCCUCCCGCUCCCUCCCAAAGCCUGCCCUCGAAGAGAGCAAAUGGCCCGGAUACCGUUGUAAGAUCGGUGGCAGGAGACAGUCACCAAUAGACAUUAAAACAAAGAAUGUUAUAGAGGACUUUAAUAAACUAUACAUCAAGAAUGGACCUCUUGUUUUCAAGGGAUACGAUGGAGUUCUCGUCACAGGAAUCAAUAACGGUCACACAAUACAAUUCAGCACAGAAGGUGAAGAAGCUAUGCACCCACAACUGAGAGGAGGCCCAUUGGAUUCUACCUACAGAUUAGAACAACUUCACUUCCACUGGAUGUCUGAACACGCCAUCAAUGGAGUCAAGUAUCCCAUGGAGAUUCACUUCGUGCACGUACGCUCUGAUCUGACUGUAUUCGACGCUCUCUCCAGAAAAGACGGGCUCGCCAUCGUCGCUGUAUUUUGUAAGGUAGAAUCAGAUUUAGACGAUCCUCCAGAACAGACAAAACAAUUGAUGGAAUAUAUUCCGAGGCUCAAGAAUACUGGUGACAGGAUCAGCGGAGUAUUCUUGGAUAUGAGGAAAUGGCUAAGUCCAGACAGAGUGUCGUAUUACACAUACUCUGGAUCGUUGACCUCACCGAAAUGCAACGAAGCAGUCACCUGGAUUAUCUUUACAGCACCACUGUCUAUAUCUGAGACACAGUACCAGUCAAUCAGCAAUGCCGGCUACGGUGGUCGCAACUCUAGAACUCUGCAGAAUCUGAGUCGACAUGUGGUGUACUGCCCGCCGAAGACUAAGAUACGUAUACCACAGUUUAUUACCUUUUUUGAAGACUUCUUUAAGACUGUCAAAAUAUUGUUCAAGAAUAUCACGACGAGGUAA